CCGCAUUCCUAGGCGGCGGACGACAAACGUUGGGGUGUCUCAAGAACCCACCCAACAGGUGCCCACCCAGGGCGUCGGCGUGCUGACCCAACCUCCCAGCGGACUUGUGCGCGGAGGAGGCGUGGUGUUGCCCGGUGACUUCAACUCACCACUUUUUCAAUUUGGGGAGACCUCUGGUGCGAGGGCUCCUGGCCUAGACCCUAGCGGUUUCUGGGCCAUGAUGAGGGCGAUGAUGUUCAACCAGCCCAUGACCGGUUUCCACAUGCCAAUCACGAUGCCGCAGCCGACGUUCCAACCUGAAGGACGUCGCGAAGUCCAACAGAACGUGGUGGAAAGCGCAAAGCUUUUCGCCCAACACCUGAAGGGUCUGAUGACAGACCCCCGCUUGAACGCUUCGGCGGGAGAGCCUGAUAACAAGGAGUUGAGCCGUUCCCAGCAACGGGAUAACGGCAAGGCCCCGGAGCGUAGGGCCAACAAGAAGCAAACCAGCUGUCGAGACAAAGACGCAACGAGCAAGCGCCGUGAACCCCUGAAAGAAGGGAUCCGACCCGUAUUCGUGAUUGGACCCGUUUCCAGCGUGGUAACGGGUAAAGAUUUCCGGGUUUUUCGUUUGACGGCUUUCGAUUUUUUCCCCUUUGGGGGUGGCGCCCGGGACGAUGACGCCACAGUAACCAACGAGCGGAGAGGCACUGCACUCAGAACCCUAGAACGGUCAAUUCCUCCCAUCAGGCCAUCGGGGCGGAGGGAGGGAUUUUGUCGACAACGGGGAUAACAGGAGUAGACUCAGAAAACGCCAUGAGGACGAGGAAGGAUGAACUAACCUUCUGGGCAAAGUUGCGACGGUGACGUUGGGUGAGUAGGGACGGUGGUUGAAAUCGAGGUUGAAAGUGCGGCGCAGAAAUAACAAAGGUGGAGAAGAUUGGGGAUAAAUUUCGUUUUUAUAUGACAAAAAGAUCCGACCCGACUCAAGAAAAGGCAACGAUCAUG